AUGUCGCAACAACCACGCCCCCAAACAAGCACCUCCUCGCGCCUCAGCACCCUCCCCUCACAGAAGCCCCGCCAGCUCUCCCACCUCCACUCCCAGCUCGCUCAGCUCACAGCUAAUGUCUCCGAUCUCGAGAACCUCCUACGUAUGACGGCGGUACAAGCGGAAAGCAUGCGCGGGCUAGGGGGCUAUGCUGGUGGAAUGUUCAUGGCCGCAAGCAAAGUCCUCGGCGAAGAGACCGUAAGUGGUGGGAGCACUGCCGCAGGAUCCGGUGCGCAGGCCGACACCCGCCGGCAAGGAGAUCGGAAUGGUCCUUGA